CUCCCCUCCCUUUCUGUCUCUUGCUGCAUCCCUAGCUCAAAAGGCAUCUCGACAUCACUUAACUCCAAGUCACCUUCCCUUUUCCAGCUUGCUUUUCUUUCACAUUCUCCAUCUUUCUGUCCUCCAUCUGAUCAAAUCCAGCACCGUGAUGGAAAACACCAUGUCAGCCUAUUCUGAAAAGCUAAAGGAGAUGUCAAUGCUGUCUCUCAUCUGCUCCUGCCUAUAUUCUCAGCCUCAUCAUCAAACCAUCAGCCAUUUUGAGGACAUGGAGGUAAAGUCCCUGAAUAAGCGAACAUCUGGCCAGGCUUUUGAGAUCAUCCUGAAUAGCCCCACUGAUCUGUCACCCGACAGGCCUCAGAGCCUGAAUCUGGCAGCCCAUAAGAAGGAGCCCUCACUUGAAAACGUGCAAAAAAAACUGGAUGCUGCUGAGGAAAGAAGACGAAGUCUGGAGAAGCAGAUUUUGAAGCAGCUGUCAGAGAAGCGUGAACAUGAGCGUGAGGUUCUCAAUAAGGCCCAUGAGGUUAAUGACAACUACAGCAGAGUAGCAGAGGAGAAGCUCAAUCACAAAAUGGAAGUGAGCAAUGAGAAUCGCACAGCCCAACUCACUGCUCUAAAGCAACGCCUGAGAGAAAAAGAGCUGCAUGCCGCAGAGGUACGCAGGAAUAAGGAGCUGCAGACUGAACUCUCUGGCUAAGGCAGACACGACAUCUUUCUAAUGCCUACCAGCCUUGGGUUUGAGAGAGAAAAAAACAUCUAAUAGUCAAUUUACCUGCUUGAACUUCAACUUAAGAAGAUCUUUAAGAAGAUCAACUUGCUUAACAUUUACAGUGCACUUUCUGGAAUACUCAUGCACAUACUGGUUGUGGAUGAAAAAGUAUGGGUCAUCCCUUGUAGUUUUUCAGUUUGUUAAAGCAAUAUGACACAUAACUGAAUGCUAAUAAAACGACUAAAGUGAAGCAUAAUGACUUCAUAUAAAAUGUUAUUUGUUACUCUUAUUUGAAAAGACUCUAUUUGCGUGUUAAGUGUUGAGCUAGCAAAAUGAUUUUACAUAGUUCAAACCUUUUGACCUUCUUACUUGAAAAGAAAGGAACAUCUGUGAAACAUUACAUACACUAAAUGCUCUAUGAAUAUGAAAGGAUCUAUGAAGCUGGUUAUUAUUAAAGAUGUACAACUAUGAAUAUUACUUAAAAUUCCUUCAGAAAUUCUGUCACAUUAGCUAAUGUUAGUUAGCCAGCUACGAAUAGAAGUGUUUCCUUUGUUCCUUCUUCUUACCGUAUGGUAAAAUUGAUGUGUCGAUUUUUCAUGUUCAGAUCUGGUUGUGGGAUUAAGAGGCUUGAGUGUUAAUGGGAGUGGACACACCAAGUAAAAUGGGAACUUAACCUUUACACUAGUUCUGUCACCAACGCCACAGAAAUUCCAAUGCACAAAGCACAAUGAAUUUCUAGCCAACGCCAAGAAGAAUAUGUGUCAGGGCAUGUGUGUAUUCGUGCUGAAUAAAUAUAUAGAAGCCAUUGUUGUAGGUAUAUUAACUGAGGCUGCCUUCUAGUCAGACUAAAUAUCUUUUUUGAAUAUUAGACUGAAUAUUAUUUUUCAUAUUUCUAACAUGCAAAAGGUCAUACAUGAGUAAAAAAUGUAACAGCCGGUAAAUAUAGCUUUAUUAGGUUUUCCAAAGUCCUAAAGAGAAAGGGAGAACUCUAAGCAUAGUGAAAACAAAGAAAAAGAUUGUAAAGCUUCUGGCUGCUCAGCUUCUGUUUGCUCAAAAUAUGUUUGGCAGUCACUUUAAUGGAGUGGUAGAAUAUGAAUCAUGAAGCAAUAAUGCCCUGUGAAUGCUACAGUAUUAAAGUAAUUACAUAUUCAAGUGCAGUCAGACUCAAAUGAAUCGAUCAUUCUCAAAACGACCUAUAUGUUACAUUU